CAGGUAAAAGACAAAGUUGAAUCCAUAAUUGGAGUGAGAACACACGUACGACGGUUCCAUCCAUUUAGUUUGGAAUAAUAUGGAUGUAUUUCAAGACAUGUUUGCUGAACGUGGUUGGACUGAUGAGUGUGAUAAAUUGCCAAAUAAAACAACUAUUUUUACCACGGACUUCAAUGGUAUUCCGGAAACAUUAGUAUUGAACGUUAUAUCAUGGCUGUUAUUGAUUGGAUUAUUUACCGUAUUGCGACAUCAGGCCGGUGACUAUGGCCGGUUGGCGCUUGUAAAUAGCAAUGGCAGUAAAAAACGUUGGACUGAAGUGUUCUAUUCGCGUGCAAGUAUGGUUGAUACGCCCCAGCCGCAAGCAACCACCAGUCGUAUGCAAAAUGGUGCCGAGGAAGGUCGUGGUAGUCUUACAUCGAAUGCUUCUGAACCCCCGUUGUCGCCCAUUCAUUCCGACCAAGGAAUUUUCGCUUGGAUUAGAAUAACAUGGAAACUACGCAAGGAGCAAAUACUGUUGCAUACCGGACCAGAUGCCGUUCAUUAUCUUUCAUUUCAACAACAUCUUAUGGCAGUAAUGGCUAUAGUUACCUUGGUUUCCUUGAUUAUCAUAUUACCGGUAAAUUUAUUCAGUGGACCUACUGAAGGUAGAUCCGAUCUCAAUGCGUUUGGACAUACAACAAUAGAGAACGUGCCUUACGAAUCGCCCUGGCAAUGGGUACACGUUAUCGUCACGAUUAUAUAUGCGCCGCUGAUUGUGCUGGUUAUGCGACGCUCUUCCGGUCGUAACGCCUUCAAAACAGCAUCCACGCGUACUAUUAUGAUAUCCAACAUCUCCGCAAGCGAUCGUAAUAAAACUGUUAUUCGUCACUAUAUACAAGAAUUGUUUCCGGAUGUGAAUAUCGAGGAUGUACAAAUUGCAUACAACAUAUCCAAAUUAGCAACACGAAAUGCCGAAUAUGAAAAGAUAUUAGAUGCACGAAUGUUUUGCGAACAUCAUCGUGACCGUGAUACACUACAGGUUCAACCGAAUUUAUGCUCCUGCGCUAAAGAAAAUGCAUACGCCUACUAUCAACGCGAAGAGCAAAAACUAGCUGGAGACGUCGCACGUUUGCGAGCUGCUGCACUUAAUGAACCACUUGGCAUUGCCUUUAUCACUGUUUCUACUGUACACGAGGCCCAAAACAUUGUUAGUCACUUUACACCUGGUACUUAUAGAAAGUGGAAUUUGGAGUUCGCGCCUUCACCAGAUGACCUGUUUUGGGAGCAUUUGAAUGUCAGCAAAAGUAAUUGGUAUCUCAAAUGGGGAGCCGUAAACUUCAUUCUAUUUCUAGCCCUUUUCUUCCUCACAACACCGGCAAUCGUGCUGAACUUUCUAAAUACUUAUGCCUUGGCUAAAGGCAAUAUAUACACGAUAUCGCCACUAGUGUCAGAGUUUUUGCCAACAUUGUUGUUGUGGACACUUGCAGCACUGAUGCCAGUGAUUGUCGCCUUCUCCGAUAAAUGGUUGGCACAUUAUACACGUUCUUUACAAAAUUAUUCGAUUAUGAUUAAGUGUUUUUGCUAUUUAUUAUUGAUGAUUCUCAUUUUGCCUUCAUUGGGACUAACAUCAGCACAAAAGUUAAUCGAAUGGUCAAUUAGCAACGAUACCAUACGCUGGCAUUGCGUUUUUAUGCCGGACCGCAGUUCAUUCUAUGUUAACUAUGUUAUUACGGCUGCUUUUAUUGGUACGGCACUGGAAUUGUUACGAUUUCCGGAGCUCAUCGUUUAUAUUUGGAUGUUGUGUACGGCCAAAUCGAAAGCUGAAACGCCAUACAUACGCAAAUCGAUAUUGAUCGAAUUUCCGUUUGGUAUUCACUAUGCUUGGACAGUAUUGGUAUUCACUAUUUCUACGGUUUACAGUGUUUCUUGUCCACUAAUAAUGCCGUUCGCAAUGAUAUAUAUCUGUUUUAAACAUUUUGUGGAUCGUCAUAACCUAUAUUUUGCUUAUGGCCCUUCAAAUAUGAUAUCAAGGAAUGGAGGAAAAAUUCAUUCGACUGCAGUCACAAUGACCAAAUCUGCAAUUAUAAUUCUGCUCUUGGUAAUGGCAAUGAUCUCAGUUCUACGGGAAAGAGGCAAUGCACGUUCCAUUAUACUUCUUAUUACGCUCGUGCUAACAUUGACAUUGUUUACGUUCAUGUCGCCUAUAAAACGUUGUGCGUCAGUACCCCGUCCCAGUGUUGUAGAGAUGGCUGGCCCAGCGCCAGUGUACGUGCCUGAAGUCUUACGACCGCGCGCAGCUGUUGCUUCAGCAGCGACGCACAAUCACGGCGCGACUAAUGGCGGCGGUAUUACAGGCUAUGGUUCAGAUAGUGUGUCCGAUUUUGAUAUUAGCUCACAAUGUAGCGUCAAUAGCGUAGAUGCUUGAAGGAGAAAUUUUGUUAAAAAUCGGGUCAUAGAUAGAUACGAAUAAAAAUCGAUAAUAAACAUUUUUUAAAGCCUUGUUAAAAAAUAUACGAAACUAAUAAUAUUUACAUUCGGAUUGAGGAUCACAAUUAAGGAAUUUACUGCAUUUAGUUCGCUUUGAUUUUACAAUUUGACAUCAGCAAAUGAGAUAAGUUUGAAAGUAAGUGAGAAAGAUUAGUUUUUACAGUACGACCUCCACAAAUGCAAGUAUGUAUGUAUAUAGAUAAAAAAUAUUUAUUAAUACAUACAUAGAUUCCAGAAAUUAACUCACAGGUAAUGUUGUUAAUACCGAAUGAUUAUUAAAAUAAAAAGUUUUAGUAAUUUUUUCUUCUUGAUUUCGAAAAGCCAAAAGACUUCUUCAACGAGAUCGCUACGCCGAUCGUUCGAUAACCUCAAUGAAAACGGGUCCACAAAAAUAGGCAAGCUUUUGUAGUGAUUUUGCUACAGCAAAAGCUUUAAUUAUACAUAUAUUACUGAGUAUUUUCAAACAGUCCAGAUUUCAUUUAGUUGCAUUCAAAAAGCUUGUUAAGACAACUCUAAAGUAAUACAUAGUCCUUGUCGGCCUACAAUUCUAUAAAAUGUAUCAUACAUCAGUACAUACGUACUGGAUAUCAUAAAAUUUAAGGCUCAAUCGUGGUUUUUCUCUUAUUUUAUUUUUUAUUUGCUCCGAUUUUUUAAGAUAUCAGUUUAAAUUUUAUGUACAUAUGUAUGUAUGUGCAUAUUGAAGAUGCAUAUAAUUAGCGACCAAAAGUACGUUUCAAUAUUGUGUUUGAUAAGAAUAAAUGUGAUAUAUUAAACAAAUUUAUAAAUAAAAACAUCACUUCGUUUGACAUUAUAAAUUAUAUUCUCUGGGAUCGUGUCCCUCAAUUAGGCGCUACUAUAAAUUUUGUAUUAACGCAGCUAUUACGAUAUUAUACUCACAGUAAUGUUAACAAACCAUAUUGUUUUAUUUAUCCUUUGAAGACACAAAACUGUUAUGAAUAGCAUAAGUAUAUUGUAAAUAGUAAGUAUUUAUGCAUGUGUACUUAUAAAAAAAGAGUGCGCAUCUAAGUUUAUACAUAAUAUUACACUAAAAUAAUGUUCUAUACGAGU